UUUAACAUAAAAGGCACACAUUUUAAAAAAUUUCUUAGUUCUAGUCUAGGUGUUAAGUAAACUAUAAGUUGUUUUAGGGAUUAUAAGCUCUAAAAUGAAAGCUAGACUAUUUUGUGUUGUGAUCCUUGGAGCUGUUAUACUAAGUAUUGCAAAUGCAGCCCCUGCACUUAAUUUAAAUGAAGAAGAAGCUAGAAAAUUCGCUGAUGAUGCUUCCAAGAAACUUAUUGCUUACUACGAUAAACUCGCUGCAGACACAUUAGGAUUGGAAACCGAGGAUAUAACGACUUUCUUCAAUGCCCUCAGUACACUCUUAAGCAAAUCUGAAGUAAUGUUUGAAGUUGUUACCAAUGCAUCGGUUCUAGCUAAAAACCAUAAUUUCAAAGAUCAAGAACUUAAAUACAUUUUGAAAAAUUUACAAAAAACCGCAUCGGAUGAAUCUAUUCUCGGAGGGGAUAGAUAUUUGGAAGUAUUAACAGCAAUGGGUAAUUUACAAGACAUAGCUUCUGAAAAGGAUAUUGAUGGUUAUAAGAAUGAAAGCAUUGGACUAUCAUAUUUUCCUGAGAUUCAACGAAUCUUCGCAACAAGCAACGAUUCAGAAGAAAUGGAAUACUAUUGGAAUGCCUGGAGGGCAAAAAACGACCAAUGGGCAAUGGGGAAUUUUUUGGUUUUGGUGAAUGGAAUUAAAGAUGCUGCCAAUUUAUCAGGAAUAUCGGCUUAUGAAUAUUGGAUGAAAGAUUUCAAUAUGACCCAAAUGGAUGCAGUCAUGACUCAAAUUGAGCCAUCUUACCGUCAGCUGCAUGCCUUCAUUCGUUACCAAUUAAAUAAGAAAUACGGCGAGUCUGUUAUUAGUCACAGUGGCCUUAUUCCCGACCAUCUUUUCCAACAAGCAUUGGCUCAGGUUUGGACAGCUGGCAGUGUAAUUGAUGAACAUUUCUCACACAAAGAUCUUCCAAAAUACGAUGAGAUUCUCACUAAAAAUAACUACGAUACACUGAAGCUCUUUAAAAUGGCCGACAAGUUCUACGAAUCAAUGGGACUUGAAGCCAUUCCAGAAAGCUAUUGGGGUACCAGACUUAAAAUGAAAUCAGAUGAAGAUGAAGGUGAUUGCAAGGCAACAGUUUUGGCACCAACGGCAAAUGUCUACAUGCAAUAUUGUCAUAAAAUGGAUUUCAGAACAUUCAUGCAGGCCCAUGGUUUUAUGUCUCAGAUUCAUUUUGCUCUUGAAAAGCCCGAUUACCCGAUUUACUACGCUGAUUCGUACGAUUUGGAUUAUGCUGUUGGUGAAGCAGUAAUUCUAUCAGCAUCGACUCCAAAGCAUUUAAGUAAGAUUGGAGUAGUUUCUGACUUCGAUUUUACUGAAGAAGUGUUAAUGAACAGACUUAUGAGACUGAGUAUUCACACUAUACUUAAGAUACCUGUAUACUAUGUGCAUACAAAAAUGAUGGCUAAUUUAUUUGAGGGAAAGGUCGAAAUGACGGAACUCAAUAAACACUAUUGGGAACUCAUGGACAAAUAUGUUGGUGUUGGGCCACCAGGUGAUCGUGUGAACAACACUUUCGAUUUCCCCUUCAAAUUUUACUUGGAGUUAAAUGAAAACGAACAAGCAAGAAAAUUCAACUCAGAAGUAUUGAGUUAUCAGUUCUAUGAGAAAUUGUGUUCAAUUAGUGGGCAAUAUCCAAAGGAGAAUUUGCAAAAUUGUGACUUUUACGGAAGCAAGGAUGCUGGUGAUGCCUUAAAGAAAAUGAUAAAACUUGGUUCAUCAAAGCCUAUUCAUGAAGUAUUGGCAGUAAUGUUACCUGAAGAUCCAAAACUAAAUGCUGAAAGGCUAUUGGAAUAUUAUUCUCCAGCUCUCUCAUGGUUUACAAUAACCAAUCAGAAGAAUAAUGUCCACUUUGGCUGGACCCACUUAAAUAAAAAGAUAGGAAGUGUUAAAUUACCUGAUAUUUGCAAUGGAGCUCCAUUAGAUUCAAAUGAAGCAGAAGCAAGACAAUUUGUUGAAGAUGCCUCAAAGAAACUCUUUGGAUUCUAUGAUAAAUUAGCAGCCGAUACAAUGGCUUUAGAACAAGACGAUCUUGCAACAUUCUUCAGGGCAAUCGAUACGCUUUUAACCAAAUCAGAAGCAGUAGUUGAGAUUGUAAACAAUGCAUCGAAAUUUUCUGAAACCAAAUACAAAGAUGAAGAACUCAAUUACAUAUUGAAUAAAUUAAAGUUAUCAGCAGAUGAAGCUAUUCUGGGAGGUGAUAGAUUAUUUUCAAUCUUAGCAGCAACAAGUAAUUUAGAAGAUCUAGCAGCUGAUAAGGAUAUUCCGAGUUGUAAAGAUAAAAAUAUUGAACUAUCAUAUUUUCCUGAAAUUCAGAAUAUUUUUGCAACAAGCAAUGAUCCAGAAGAAAUGAAAUGUUAUUGGAAUUCAUGGAGGGAGAAAAAUGAUAAAUGGGCGAUAACUAAUUUUAUCGUUUUAGUCAAUAGUAUUAAGGAUGCUGCUAAUUUGACAGGAAUAUCGGCUUAUGAAUUCUGGAUGAAGGAUUUCAAUAUGACCCAGAUGGACGAAGUCAUGGCACAGAUACAGCCGUUUUACUUGCAGUUACACGGUUUCAUUCGUCAUCAAUUGAAUAAGAAAUACGGAGAUUCUGUUAUCGAUACCAAAGGCCUUAUUCCCGAUCAUCUUUUUCAACAAGUAUUGGCUCAAACUUGGACCAAUGGCAGUGUACUUGAAGAAAAUUUCCCACAUAAAGAUCUUCCAAGAUACGAUGAAAUUCUAACGAAAAAUAACUACGAUACAAUGAAACUCUUUAAAACUGCCAAUAAUUUUUAUGAAUCAAUGGGACUUGAAAUUGUGCCAGAAAGCUAUUGGGGUACAAGACUUAAGAUGAAAUCAGCUGAAGAUGAGGGUGAUUGUAAAGCACUCAUAUUGGCUGAAACUCCAAAUGUCUUUAUGCAAUAUUGCCAUAAAAUGGAUUUCAGAACAUUUAUGCAGGCUCAUGAAUACAUGGCCGAACUUCACUUUGGCCUUGAAAAGAGUCAUCUUCCGGCUUACUAUACUGAUACGUAUGAUUUGGAACAUGCUGUUGGUGAAGCAGUUAUUCUAUCAGCAUCGACGCCAAAACAUUUAGCUAAAAUUGGACUCAUUUCUGAACCUGAAUUAACUGAAGAAGUCUUGAUGAACAGGCUUAUGAGGCUGAGCAUCCACACAAUGCUUAAUAUACCAGUGUACUUCGUACAUACAAAAAUUAUGGCUGACUUAUUUGAGGGAAAAGUUGAAAUGACAGAACUCAAUAAGCACUAUUGGGAACUCAUGGAUAAAUAUGUUGGUGUUGGUCCACCAAAUGAUCGUGUCUACAAUACUUUUGAUUUCCCCUACAAAUUUUACUUAGAGUUGAAUGCAAAUGAACAAGCGAGAAAAUUCAACUCGGAAGUUUUGAGCUAUCAGUUCUAUAAGAAACUGUGUACAAUUGCUGGUCAAUAUCCGAAGGAUAGUAUGCAAAAUUGUGACUUUUAUGGGAGCAAAGACGCUGGUGAUGCCCUAAAAAAAAUGAUAAAACUUGGUUCGUCAAAACCUAUCGAAGAUGUAUUGGCAUCAAUUUUACCUGAAGAUCCAAAAUUAAAUAGUGAAAGUCUAAAGGAGUAUUAUUCACCAAUUAUAGUCUGGUUAGCUAAAGAAAAUCCCCAAAAUAAAAUUAACAUUGGAUGGAAUCACUUGGAUAAGAAGAUUGAAAGUGUUAAGCUGCCUGAAAUUGAAAAAGAUGAUGAUUGAAUUCUGUUCAGCAAAUUUAAAUACGCGCAAAGAAUAAUUGAAUAAUAAUAAAAAAAUAAAUCUAAAUAAGUAAAAACU